AUGCGGCUGCCGAGAACGUGCAUCCUGCUGGCCACGUUGUCAGUCGUGGCCAAGUGCGAGGAGGAGAGUGCCUCGACGGUGUUCCUCGAGGCGGCUAAAUCAUUCUUCUCGAACAAGGAGAAUAUCAAUGGGCUUCAAGGCCUGGCAAGAGCGUUCUUAGAGUCGGAUGGCAGGUCGAAUGAGGGGAGCAACAUGUAUGAAAAGUCUAAUCUGGAUAGCGUCGGGCAAAUCGUCUCAGGGAUAGGAAGUUUGUUCUCGGGGAACGAGAACGGUCAAGGAGGCAUCGAUUUUUCGAUGCUCGGAUCGGUCCUCGAUGGCGUGACGAAUCCGGGCAACGAAAAGGAUCGAAGGAGCGAUGGAUCGUCAUCGGUGGAAACGAAACAGGAUCGUGGAAUCGAUCUGGAGGGGAUCGUGAGCAUGGGAAGCAUGCUGAUGGGCCGAAAAGGAAAUUCCGACUUGUUAAUGGGCUUGUUGCCCAUGCUGCUGUCCAACUUGGCCGGCGAAAGCAACGAGAUCGACGACGAUGGGCUCGCGCCAUCCGCAAAAAUUCACGAUCACUCCGGCCAUUCUUGGUACAUGCCACCGAUCCUGGAAAAUCUGCACGUGAUGUGGGAUCACUUCAGCAACUCGGAGCUGGGGCAAACGUUGUGGAAGAAGAGCGGCCUGGCCCAAUUUGUCGGGCAAAUGUCGGAUCCGGAGGGGCGCGUCCAAUACGAGAAACUGCUGGACAGUUUCGAGAAUCCAAGCUUGAGGCGCAAGUGGAUACGAUCGUUGACGAAUCACGUCGGGGAGUGGAUCUCGCAUAUAUCCGAUCCACAAAUCCAACAACGUUACCUGAACACGAUCCAAUUUGUGGGAAACAGUUUCUUGAAGUCGCAGGGCUUUCCCAAAUCGGCUAUGUUCGAUUCGACUAGGCCGGCAGAGAGUCUUUCCAGGUUGGUGAACGCAGUAGGAAAGAGACACUUGGGAAUGAAAAUGGACAGUUCGCAAUAUAUCAAGCCAGCUGUGGCUUAUAUUAAGGAAUUAAUCGCGUUGGCUUCGGAGAAAGGGUUCAUCAUGUCUCGAAUAAAUGCGAAAGGGAUCAGCAAUAGACUGAGCGAUAUGAUCAAUAAUGAUAUUAUGAAUCCGAUAUUAAAAUCUUAUCGGGCGUACAAGUGGGCGAUCAAGAGGCCACAAUGCGCCAGUCAAAUCUUGUGCACCAUCAAUGAAAAGAACGAAUUGGAUCGGGAACAACCCCGUCUACGAAGCGUUAUGUCAAAAAUGACUAGUUUUCCUGCUGCCUGGGCUGUCAGUAACAAAUUAGGGACCAAUUUUUGGACCCUGUAUGGAGCCAUCAUGGAGCACGAUAGAUGCAUCCAAAAGUAUCCAGCCGACUGCACAGACUUCCACGAAGAGGAGAUCCGAAUUACCACAGAAAAUAUUCACAGUGAACUUUAAUACUUAAUUUGGUGUAUCUUGUGAGAGACAGAUUUCACGAUUUUUAAAGUCAAUUCAAUGAAUACACAGCCGUGUCACGCGGCUGUUAUUCCUAUCUAUAGUUUGUAAGAUCGUUACUUUUGUUAGGGAAAGAGUGAUGUUCCGAAAAAAAAUAUCGAAUGUCUCGUUUCCUUUAAGUGUACAUAGAAGAACAGAUAAGGGCGCAAUCGUCGAAUAAGUAGAGUAAGAUCAUUAAUUUUAUGAAUAUUUUAUUUAGCCUGAAUUUUACGUGAGGAUUAUUUACCUUCUCUUAUACACAUCGUGUAACUUUUUUGGUUUCAUAGUGCAAAACUAUUUUUUUUUUUUUUUGAUCAAUUGUGCAGUCACUAGCGAUCAAAUAUAUGUAUACGCCACUUA